UCACAGCCAGCCAGCUCAGGGUGUGCCUGCAGCAGAGCUUAUGACACCUCACACACACACACACAGAGCCGAGCCCUGUGUCACGGCUCAGACCCGUGCAGAGGUGUGGGGAUUUAACUCAGCCGGGUCCUUCUCUCUGCUUUUCCCUUGGUGUUUGUCACAGAAGGGCCUCAGAGGCUGUUUCCCCCCGGCAGGGGAGCAGCACGCACCGGGAGGAUGAAGGUCCGCAGCGGCGGCAGCUGCUCGCAGUAACCGUCGAUCCAGCGCUCCAGCUCCAGCACGGGCCCCUCGCCAAAGGACGUUCGUUCUACGAGGGGAAGGAAGAACCAGCUCCAAGACAUGCUGAACUGAUUCAGUCUGCACACAGAGCUCUCUCCUAGCAGCAGGUUUGCCAACAGCACCAAACUGGGAGGGCUGGCUGAUCACCAGAGGCUGAGCUGCCAGCCAGUGAGAGCUGCACAGGCAGUGCCCCAGGCCACACAACCACAGCAGCUCCUGGAACAUGUGGGACUUGACUCAGCACCCAGCCAGCUGCCCCACACCACAAGAGGCUCCCCAGCAGGGAGGGCAGCCCAGAUCCCACAGCCCUUAUCCCAGGGAAGGUUCCCUGGGGCUUACUCAGGUGAGCCUCCCUGGCUGAGGAGAGCGGCGUGGCGAUGUUGGAGCCCACGUCCUGCAGCAUGCACUGGACCUGCAUGUGGCAAUGGGGACAAAAAGAAGCAGUGCCUUCAUUAAGCAGCCUUUGAUGCUCCAGUACAACUGUAGCAAGCUCUGUGAGGUGACAGCUGGUUGUGUUGUUCACCACCCCCCAGCCUGCUGGCAGGGGGGAUCAGGUGGCCCUGGCUGUGGCUCUGGACCUGAGGACCUUCCUCAGUCUGCAGCCUUGUGCUGAGGGCAGCAUUCACAUCCGCCUGCCCGGCGUCGGUGUCGCGAGGAGCUGGGACACCUGCAGCCUCCAGGCCCUGUGCAGGGGCUUUGCAGGCAAGAGCUGCCACUGUCCCUGUCUCCUGUGGGGCAAUCAGUCCUGCUCAGCGCCUUCUGCCCAGUAACUGCCCCAGGACCCCACAGCUGGCCUGGAUGAGUCUAAGGCCCCCAGUGCAGAGCAGCUGGAUGCACUGAGGGAGUUUGCUGGGAUCGCUGCCGGCGCCUCAGCCCCCGAGAGCCUGGCCACUCUUGCCUUUCUGUACAUGUGCCUGGCUAUUUCAGCUAAGUAUGGAGACGUGCCCAGUGUGGAUGUGGUGGUGUGGUCGGAGCUGCCCCUGGGAGCGGGGCUGGGCUCCAGUGCUGCCUACUCCGUGUGCCUGGCAGCUGCCCUGCUGACAGCUUCUGGAGCCAUCUCCUGCCCCCUGAAGGAGGGCCAGUCCACAGCCAGGUGGUCAGAAGAAGAGCUGACCCUGAUUAACAGCUGGGCCUUCCAGGGGGAGCGGGUGAUCCACGGCAACCCCUCGGGUGUGGAUAACGCUGUUGGGACCUGGGGUGGAGCCCUGAGAUACCAGUCAGGCAAAAUCACACCAUUAAAGAGGGUGCCGAUGCUGCGGAUCCUGCUGACCAACACCAAAGUGCCUCGAAGCACCAAGGUCCUGGUGGCUGGUGUCAAGGAGAAGAUCCUGAAGUUCCCUGCUGUAAUGAACCCAGUGCUGGACUCCAUCGAUGCAAUUUCUCAGGAGUGCCAAAGUGUUCUGGAAGCGCUGCCGGCAGAUCCAUCACCUGACUCCUACCCUGUGCUGGAGGAACUCUUUGACAUAAACCAACACCACUUAGACGUGCUGGGAGUCGGGCAUCCCUCCCUGGACCGGCUGUGCCGGCUGACGGCGUCCCACGGCCUGCACAGCAAACUGACCGGGGCUGGCGGCGGCGGCUGCGGCAUCACCCUGCUCAGACCAGACACCUCCCCCCUGGCCGUGGAAGCAGCCAAGCAAGACUUGUGUGCCUGUGGAUUUGAGUGUUGGGAGACCAACAUCGGGGCCCCCGGUGUGACCCUGCACCGCUCCUCGUCCCUCAGCGCCGCGGUGCUGCACGCGCUCUCGCUCAGCCCAGCCUCUGCCUCUGCCAGCCACUGAGCUCCUGGCGCCUCCUCUCCCUCUCUCUCGUGUGGCUGAGGGUCCCUGAGGGCAGGUGCAGGGCCACUUUUGGGCCUGGUGUGGCUGGGAGUGGGGGCUGCACUGUGAGGACCUGGGAGCAACCAGGUGUGAGCUGGACCCAGGCUCCCAAAAUCCUGUUGUGAAUCUCUGUGCUUACCCCAGGGGGCAGGAGGAGAGACUCAUGGCUGGAGCCCAGCACAGAUAAGGACACUUUGGUUCUGCUGCCUCAGCUGCAUGUGGGCUCUCCUCCUGGCUGCCCUGGCAUCCUGUGAGGUGGGUGGUGGGGCUGGGAAGGUGGAGGUGCACAGCACUUUGAUGGUUUUGGGUGAAAAGCAUCUUGGGCAGCUCAGGGCUCCAUUUCCACUGGUGGUGAGGAAACCUUUCAAUACAGCUCUUGCUGCUGAAGGAGCACAGCCUUGACUCUGCUGCUGAGGCUGUGAAAGGUGCUGCUGCCAGGGCAGAGGGUGCAGGAGCCAGUGACACAGCUCACACACAUUUGCUUUAGUUACAACUAAUUGUUUUUACAUGGGAGGGGAAGAAAAAACCCAACAAACUACCUCCUGUAAAGCUGCCCCUAACUUAGAGCUGGCAAACUGUAAAACCCCAAAGCAUUUAAACUGGUGCCACAAAUGCAAAUGCAGCUUUUACAGCUGUGGUUUGAAUGAGUUGUGCCACAGAGCUAAAGGGAACUGGCUAGUGGCUGAAGGAAUAAGCUGACUCUUGGUGGCUGUGGUCUCAGUUCUCCCCAUCAUGGGCUGGUUUGGUUUCAAACUGUAGCUCUGUUCAAGAAUUGCUUCGUUUGAAGCUGAGCCGUAAAUGAGCAGAGGAGGGGGAGCCUGUCUUCCAGCACAGGGAUAAAACAAUCCAAGUGCCAGAAGUUGAGAUGUACUAGCUCUGAAAUCCUGGCAGCGUGGUGACCAGCUUUAGCUGAUCAGAUGUAGAGCUGUCUGUGGGUUUAAUAAACUGAUGGGGUUUUUAUGUGCAAAAGUGUUCUUUGAUAAUUAUGCUGAAUACAAAAGGCAAGAAAGCUGUGCCUUCCACUGCUUCAGGAAGAACAGGUCUCAGAUGCUGGGUUUCUACAUGUCUAAUUACAGUUCCAAUUUGCAUCCCAGAACGGCUCCACACUAAUCACCAGUCAGCAAGCCUGAUAAAUCAUUUACCAUUUCCUAAUGCAGUGUAAUCAAUGGCAGUGUCUGUGUGUGUGUGUCUGUGUGUGUGUGUGUGGGGCUGUUGCCUCUCAGCACAGCUGGAGCUGCAGCCAGGGCACAGAGAUGCCAAGUUCAAAACAAGGUGGCUGGGGCUGGGUCUCAUGAGCUGCUGGCCCUGGAGGAGGGAGGGAGUGCUGGAGGAGGAAGAGGCAGGAAAGGAACCCAGGAACAGUUUGGGUUUGCUGGUUGGAAGCAGAAGGAGAAGCUGUGAUUGCAACAGGCAGCUGCCCAAGGUGGGUCGGUGUGGGGCUUCCUGGCAGCAGGAUGUGCUGCAUGUGCCAUCCCCAGGGCAUGGAAGGGGCUGGCUCUGGGGAGUUUUCACCCUCUCACCAGGGCAGGAGCUGGAGGCCCCAGCUGCAAACAUUCACCUUUCUCUUGCUGAUCUCUGGUUCCAUGGGGCAGGUGCCAGAGGUGCAGAAGGAACAGAGAGAAAGGCAGUGGCUGAGUUGGGUCAGGGAUUGGGGUUGCAGGGGGUGGCUUCCUUGUAGGUUUGCUCCAGGCCCUUCCUGCCAGAGCCAUGUGCCCAGGCUGAGGGAGGGUUUGGGACCUGGCAGGCAGGAGGGUGACCCUGGGCUAGGGUCUGUCAGUGCUGUGUGGGCAGUGGGAACAUGGCUGGGCAGGAUACUGCCCACCCCAACACCAGAGCUCUGCCUCCCCUGUGCUGCAGGGACCAGAAGUGCCUGAGUCAGCAGCUGGAGCCAGUCCCAGCAUGUUGGAGUGGGUGUGGAUUUCACUCUGUGAGCAGAGCACAUCUGCCUCUGCUCCCCAGCUCCAUGGAGUCCUCCCAGGGGUCUCCCUGCACCCACCAUGGCAACCAGAGGGAUGCUGGGCACAUACCCAACCCCAGCUUUUGCCCAGGCAUCCUCUCUUUGGUUUCACUAACUUGCAGCCACCUCCUGUGAUUCCUUGAGCAGGGGUUCCCUGAGGCCUGUGGGGCUGGGGGGAUGCAGAGGAGCCCCCUCCCCUGCUCCCCUGGGCUUCCCCCAUGCCUGGUGGGUGCAGGCACAGCCCCCUCUCUCCCUGCACUUGGCUGCUUUGAGAGCACAAGCCAAGGAUGACUGGAGCCCAGGGAGUGUGUUCUGCCCUCAGAGCCAUCCCCUUCUCUCCAUGGGCCGUGCCCUGGCCCCGCAGGUGCCUCCCCCAGCCCUGGCUGCUGCUGCUGCUGAAGGAUGAGCCUGCUUAUUUGGCUAAUUUUUCUUGAGCUUCAUCUUUCACACGAGGAGCUUUGCAGCAAGACUAACGAGCCCAGCUUUGCCUCUAACAGCCAGCCCAGGGACGGGGAGGGGAAGCUGUGCUGCAUCCCUUGGCAGACAAAACCACCCAAAUGCAUCAUCAGCAGGGUGGGUGCUGUGUGAGCACGGCUGGGCUGGCAGCACGGGGGGCACAGGGGGCUUUCCUCUCCUGGGAGAGCCGGGCACAGCUGGGGACUCCUCUGUUUGUCACCAGCAAAACGGGAAAUGCUUUGUAUCUGACAAAAAGAAACCCCUCUCAAGAUCCCCCUCUUCCUUCACUGCUGUGUGUGUGGGCAGGGCUGGGCUGUCUCAGCCCCAGGAGGGCUCCUGGCCAGGCAGUGGGUAUCCCCCCUGCCCGACCCGAGGGUGUCUGUGGGGCAGUGGGUGCUGCCCAGCCCCUGCCAGGCACUGCUGGGAGUCUGGGUUUUGUUAAGAGCUCUGUGUCAGCAGAGGCUCCUUUCUGCUUGGGUGAGUAGCUGCUGAAGAGGCAGUGACAUUAUUUGAGAUAAGGGAGAGAACAGCAAAAGGAUGGGAGAGAGAGAGAGAGGGGAAAUGUCAGUGUGCAGGCACGGAGAGGGGGGUUGGGGGGCUGCUCAGCACCCUUGGGGCUCUCCACUGCUCCUGGGAUCCCUCCUGGGGCCAGGAGACCCUGGGAGAGAGGGGAAAUGUCAGUGUGCAGGCACAGAGAGGGGGGUUGGGGGGCUGCUUAGAACCCUGGGGACUCUCCAUUGCUCCUGGAGUCCCUCCUGGGGCCAGGACACUCCCUGCAUGGCUGGCAGGGCUCAGUGCUGUGUGGCUCUGCACGGGGAGCCUGGAGGGGCUUUGGGGCUCCCUUCCAGGGUCUGCAGGUGCCCAUCUGCCCCCCAGCAAGGCCCCCGUGUGUGUGUGUGUGUGUGUGUGUGUCCCCUCAUCCUUCCCUCUCCCCUCCCUGCACGCUGAAGGUUUUGAAAGUCGAGCAUUACAGUGUGCUUUGUUGUUGCCUAACUACGACAGACAAAUUGAGAACUAGUUGUCAAAAUGUCAGUGCACAACAAAUCAACAUUCCAAAUGAGUCUGAGCGCUGGGUGCUGUAUAAUUAACCAAAAACCCCUUUCAGAGGCUGGAGCGAGCGCUGGCUCCUCUCUCUCUAUUUGUCUGUGUGAUUAAUAAAGGCAGCUAAUUUCCAGACUUUUAAAAAACAGCCAGAAAAUAGCUCCUAAUUACAUAUUAGGUUCCAAGCGGCCCCCGCUGAGCGAGGCUGGUAUUGGUGGGCCAGAGAAUUUGGCAGGGGCUUAAUUACAUUCUGAGCAUCAUCUAAUUUUAGUUAAAUGUAAUGUAAUCAGCAGCAGAUGUCUGAAACAAAAUAUGAAUUAUGAAUACGGCGAAAUCUCGUUCGUGGAUAAAGGAGCAAUUUGCUGGUUAGUUCAUUAAACCACGGAGGUGUGGUGGGGAGCAGGUAGAGUGGAGGGAGACGGUGCUUCAGCGAGGGGAGGGAAUGGCGUUAAAGGUGCUGAAGCAUUCCAGCGGGACGAGGCAGCGCCUGCGAAGGAGCAGGGACGGGAGUGCCGGAGCCCCCGGGCCGGCAGCGGGCUCUGGAGCUGCUGCCCCGCCGCAGCGUCCCGCAGCCGUGCGGGGAGCUCAGCCCUCGCCCCGGGGCCGUGGGGAGCUCCCGGUGCGCUCUCCCGGAGCAGCGCCUGUGCCGCGGGACCCCGCGGGACGCCGUGUCCGGGACGUCCCUCCCGCAGCCUCCGCUGCAGCUCCGGCUCUGCAGUUGAAACUGCUUCUCUCUAUUCCUCGGUGGCCCCGGCUGCCAGAUAAGCAUCCUCUGGAGAGGGAGAAAGAUGCUGUGUGCAUUAGUGCCCGGUGUUACAGCCGCUGUCACUUUAACCCCCGCUGGCUGCCGGGGGACAGGCCGGUCCCAGGCAGCAGCUUAGAGCCCGGUCCCGGCGCCGUCCCGCGGGGGGUCACGGAGGGGAGCCCCCGAGGCUGUUCGUGCCGUGGGCGCUGGCACAGCCGGGCUGGCCCGCGUGGGUUAGCACUGCUGCCUCUUCUAUUCAUCAAGGGCAUGACAGCUAAAACUCAUUUGAAGAUGAAGAAAGUGCCGGCUAAUCCUUUCUGUGAGACAGUGAUAGACUAGCGGCUCGGGAAGAAUUGCACAGCAGUAAUGAAAUUAGGCUAAAACUGCUGGCGGAUAGCAGAUAAUUGCCCUUGUCUGUCACGAGGAAUAACAGCUCCCAAACCCAACGCCACGAUCGGGGAAGCUGCAGGAAUUUAUGGUGUUUAUUUUACGGGCUUGGGUUGGGUUUUCCAAAGGCCCUUCCCAGGAAAAGAGGAAACAAGCAAGGUGGUGUUUCACCUCAGCGGGAGCUGCCGUGGCGCUGCCGUGGCGCUGCGGCACCCUCACACGGAGCCUCCCGCCAGGGCGCUUCGCGGGGAGCAGCCCACCAGCCCGGCACACCGCGGGGCUGCCCAGCACCGGCGCCGCGGGAGCUGCCGCCGCCCGUGCCCGGCUCCCGCUGCUGGCCGCGGGACGCGUCCCGCUGCGCCGUGCCAGGCUGCGUGCCGCCUUGCUGCCAGGCUGCGUGCCGCCUUGCUGCCAGGCUGCGUGCCGCCUUGCUGCCACGGUGGCCGUGCGAGCCCCAGCAGCACGUCAGGGCUGCCCGGCAGCCGUUUGGUUUGUAAUUGAUGCGGGGCUGCGGCAGCCGAGCGCGGGUGAGUGAGUGCGGUGGCCGGCGACUGCCGUGUUUUAUCCGGCGGGGCUGGCACGGGUAAUUUACUGCGGCCGGCAAUAACAUCUUUCACUCGCCGUCUCGCAGAUGAAGAUUGCUGGUGUUUGAAAGGGCCCGAACACACACUCAAUUCUGCUUCAACGCUCGCAGCCAACCGGGCGCGGAUCGGCCCGGCUCCUGCGCGGGGGCGGCCCCGGGGAGGGGAUGGGGCAGGGAUGGGGACGGGCUGCACUGUAGCCCCUGCCCCUCUGCAGCCUCCUGUGGCCCUGGGGAACUCCCCAUCCCCCAGCACCCGGCGCAGCGCUUGGAAAUAUUCAAGGCACCUUCCCUGACAUUUAAUCCGCCCGGGCGAGGAGCUCCGUGGCAUUUCCGAGAGGGGCUCGGGAAAGGUCAAGGGGUGGAAGAGCUUGGCAGGGUCGGUGCUCCCACCUCAUCCCGCAGCUCCUCCUGACCCCCCUGGGCAGCCACGGCACAGACACCGCCUCAGCUGAACAGCAGCUGCCAGCACCCGGCUCCGGGGCGCUGGGGAGCGUUGGGUGCUGUCCCAGGGGUGCCCGAGGCACCUGGGAAGUGGGUCAGCACCUACAGGUUCACAUCUGCACCCCCAAAAGCAACGGGGAGGGGGCAGGAGCUGGGGCAAGGUGGGAGCACGGAGGUGGGAGCGAGUUCCCGUGUCUGGUGCUGGGGGAGCAGGGCUGGGCGGCAGCUCAACCUCCCACACGUGUCCUGGGGAGCAUCCUCAGUCGCUUUGCAGGCAUGGGGCUGCCAGCCUGAGACCCUGGCAGGGCUGGGGGCACCCAUCUGCCACACACCCUGCUCCUCUCCAUGCCACAGUGCCCACCGAGCCCGUGUCCAGGUGUCCUGGUGUCCUGAGCCAGCACUGGUGGGGUUUCAGUGGGAGGCUGAGGUGAGGAGCUGGGGAACAUCGAGCCCUUGUGGCUCUGGGCUCAUGGGGUGAAAUGGGCAUGGAU